GGGGCCAAAGGUAAAGCCAGCCUGCCUAACUUCUUAGACCAUAUCAUUGCUUCUGUGGUGGAAAAUAAGAAGACAUCUGAUGCGGCAAAACGAGCUAGUAAUUUAGCUGACACACAGAGAGAGGUGAAGGAAAUGGUAAUGGGCUUAAAUGUGCUGGAUCCCCACACUUCCCACUCUUGGCUGUGUGAUGGUAGACUCCUUUGCCUUCAUGAUCCUAGCAACAAAAACAACUGGAAGAUCUUCAGGGAGUGCUGGAAACAAGGCCAGCCCGUGCUGGUAUCUGGUGUCCAUAAGAAGUUGAAGUCAGAGCUUUGGAAACCAGAAGCUUUCAGCCUGGAAUUUGGAGAUCAAGAUGUAGAUUUGGUGAACUGCAGGAACUGUGCCAUAAUUUCAGACGUGAAAGUGCGUGACUUCUGGGAUGGCUUUGAGAUAAUAUCUAAACGGCUCAGGUCAGACGAUGGUCAGCCAAUGGUGCUAAAGUUAAAGGAUUGGCCUCCAGGGGAGGACUUUAGAGAUAUGAUGCCUACAAGGUUUGAGGACUUGAUGGAAAAUCUUCCUCUUCCUGAAUAUACCAAGAGGGAUGGCAGACUGAAUUUGGCUUCCAGGCUGCCAAGCUACUUUGUCCGUCCUGACUUGGGUCCCAAAAUGUACAACGCCUAUGGCUUAAUUACUGCAGAAGACAGACGAGUUGGUACCACAAACCUGCACUUGGACGUGUCUGAUGCUGUUAAUGUCAUGGUGUACGUUGGGAUUCCCAUUGGGGAAGGGACCCAUGAUGAUGAGGUUCUGAAAACAAUUGAUGAGGGAGAUGCUGACGAUGUAACAAAGCAGCGAAUCCAUGAAGGAAGAGAGAAACCUGGAGCAUUGUGGCACAUCUAUGCUGCCAAGGAUGCUGAAAAGAUACGGGAACUUCUCCGGAAGGUUGGAGAAGAGCAAGGCCAAGAAAAUCCCCCAGAUCAUGACCCCAUUCAUGACCAAAGUUGGUACUUGGACCAGACCUUACGUAAGCGACUCUAUGAUGAGUAUGGUGUACAAGGCUGGGCAAUAGUGCAGUUCCUUGGAGAUGCUGUGUUCAUUCCUGCAGGUGCUCCCCAUCAGGUCCAUAAUUUGUACAGCUGCAUUAAAGUGGCAGAAGAUUUUGUAUCUCCAGAACAUGUGAAGCACUGCUUCCGUCUGACCCAGGAGUUCAGGCACCUGUCUAAUACUCAUACAAACCAUGAGGAUAAACUGCAGGUGAAGAACAUUAUCUACCAUGCAGUGAAAGAUGCUGUUGGCACACUGAAAGCUCAUGAAUCCAAACUAGCUAGAUCGUAGGAAUUGCUAAUUCCAAAUGCCCUGUGAAGUAAGCCUUUUGCUCACAGUAUAUACGGGGACUGCACAUGACUGCCUCUGCAGGAGCAGAGGCUUCUCACUAAGAGCUGGUGUGGUCAGUAUUACACACACUCUUCAGCCACUGUUUUCUACGCUGCCUCAACACUGAAGGUCUAACAGAAGGUCGCACUGUUACAUGCAGAAUUCCAGAUUCUAAUGAAAGGUGCCAUGUCCCUUUCCUGUGGCCUUUUGCAAAUUGGAAGAACAUGGAAACCACUUGGUGUUCCUGCAUAUUAUGAUUAGAAAUGGUAUAAAGAGUGUGGAUGUUUUUUUUCCUCAUGCCUAGUUAGUCUCCACAAAGUUAGAAGGAAUGUGCUGGAGGUGGGUUGUCCUACUGCAGACUUAGUUGAUAGCUGCUGAAGGAGUGUGACCAACAGUAGCCCAACUGCAGAAAUUUAAGCAAACUUCCCAUGUGAGAUACAGGCCAAGGAAAAGAAUAAAGCUAUUCUCUGCACUCCCCUUCUUGUAGCCGUUUCUCUGUACACUGUAGAGUUGCAGAAAAAAAGGGAGAACCCACUUCUUUCCCCCAGGAGACUCCAGAAAUAGGAGAAUUGUGUAUUUAGUGAAAAACUAGGUUUGUAGUGAAACAGUUAAUAUUUCAUGAAAGUAGAUAUUUUUAGUAUUUUUGAAGUACCACAACUGUUCCUGGAUUUUCAAGGAAAGGCGCAUUACAUUUAGUCUUCCUUUCAAUAAAAUCAAGAAGUGAUUUUUAGAAAGCAGUCCAAAAUAGCACAAAAACAGCCAAAGGAGAGUGAAUAGAAAUUGACACCCCACCUCCCUUGCCCAUAUUCCUCACCCAUCUUCCCCCCUCCCCCUACGCCACCUUGCUUCCUCAGAAUGAGAAGUAAAAAGGAGUAUGAACUCUGUUCUCAUGUGGAGAUGUUGUACAUCUCUCCCUGCACUGGUGACUGCAGGCAAUAGUUAUCUAAUACCAGUGCUAGCUGAAAACAUCUAUCCUUUCCAAAGUGAAGGAAAAGUUAACUUUCAGUGUCAACUUUGUCCAGAACUAUUUUAAGUAAAAUGUUCCUGCUUGAUAGAACUGUAUUCAGAAUUUACUAAUGUCAGCAUUGAUGCAAUGGAUUUCAUUGUCUGGGUACAUGGGGAAAUGUAUCUACCUUAUAUCCAGCUGUACUGUAGUGCCACCUGCAGGCCUGUUAAUAUGUUCACGGUUAUUUCAUUUUUUUAAAAAUAAAAGUCAUUUACUGUAACA